ACAUGCUCUCAUUUUCCACUUGUUCCUCGUCUGCGCUCUCUUAUUUUUUCCUACCUCUCAUCCUUCUUUCUCUGUGUUCCUGCUGUCUGUCUUUUAACUCAAGUCUGAUCCCUCAUUAUUGUCUUAUUAUCCAUGAGCAAACAAGGCACAUUGCAUCGUGGGUUUUUGUCCGGUAAGGCUGGCUCUCGUGUUUCAGUGCAGGGUCUGGGUUGACCGCCUCAAAGCUUGCUCACAUGCUGGGCUUUUGUUUCUAGAACUGGGAGAACAAGUCCAACCACAUCAGCCCCUGAGAGGGCUCAAAGAGCACAAAGAGAUGAGCAGGUGAGACGUGGAAGAGGAGGAAACAGGAGAGAGUGCAUGGUGAGCAGGAGAGUACCAAGCUCUAUCAGGGGAAACAAGACUGACUUAUAGCUGCAGCAGAGCUCAACUUAGUGAUUUCUCCCAGUUUCCUGCAGAAAACACACAGGUGAAUCUCCAGUGAUGCGGGCUGUCUGUAUUUAAACCAUCCUCACACGCGGCUUAAGAUCAGCUUAGUCGUCUAUUUAGAUCCGUGCAAAGUCAUCCUGUCGUGGCCUGCAGGUCAGCGGUUAGGACCGGGCAGCUCCCUCCCAUCCACACCUCCCAACUGCCAUCACAGACUGAGAAACAGGAAGUCAUGUGGCGUGAUAAUCAGUAGCGCGAGCAUGAGACAGAAAGAGAGAGAAACAGACUGAGCAUGGGAUCAGGAGCAGAGAAGUAAAGUUUCAGGUGGACAGACACACAGAGCACCUCAUCCCCCCACAGAGCCCUGUAACCAAUGGCAACCUCAGUCCAGACUCUUCCUCUGACCCGUGGCCCUAACAAAAACUUCCGUAACCCUUUCCCAGCCCAGCCCCUCUCCUCCCGUUGCGGCAUGGGAAGUGUAGGCAGUCUGGUGGAGAGGCCAGAUGUGUCUCCGUCUAAAGGCAGCCGCGCUGUGCCCCAGGUGAGACCCAAACAGACCAACGGCCUCCUGAAGAAAGGCUUCACCCAAAGAGAGCUACUCAACUACCUCAAUAUCACCAGAAAAGAGCCUAAAGCAAACCCAAGCAGUGACGGCAAGAAGGACAUUAUCUCUGGCCUCAGCUCUACUGGUGCCCGUGAGGAGGACAACUUAUACGCCAAGGUCUACCACAAAGACGGCACCGAAGUAGAUUUGACAAAGAACUCACUUCCAAGUGGGGGCAAAUAUGAAAAGGCUCGUUUUAGGUCUUCUGCCUUCAAGCCUGUCACCCCCAAAAAUUUCAGCUCCAUGCAAAACCUCUAUCCGUCUUCUAAGUCGGAGGAUGUGGAUCAUGGCCUUUCCAACGGGCUGCACAGAGCCUACGCCCAUGUCCCUAAAGCUGUCUCCACCUCGUCCUCCUCUUCCUCACCCUCCCGUCAUGGAGUACAGGCAUCCAGUGGUAACAAGGCGCUCUCCUCUGUGCGUGGGAUGAGCCAGGAGGAUGAUAACCUGUCAGACUCGGGCCAUAACUCCAUGAGCAGCCUGCCGCCGUACCGGCCUCCCUUCCGCCCACAUCUGGCUCACAUCAGUGCAUCUAUGGGCCAAAUCAACACCAUCGGCUCCCUGGAUCGCACCUCAUUGGGCCCCAAGGCUGUAGGGUCAGGGGGCGUGGCCAUAGGGGAGAUGGCGUGUCGGAGCAUGGCAACACUGAGCCGUCUGGCUCCAUAUGGAGGGGAGGCUCCACCUCCUUAUGAAUGGACACUCUCCCUGUCUGUUGAAGAAGUGGUCCGGGAUCUGGAGGAGCGCCUGGUGGAGAAAGAACAUGAGCUAAAACAGAUGAAAAGAAACCUGGAUGAGAGUGAGGGCGCCAUCGUUCAGGUGUUUGAAGGGAAACAGCGUCUGUGGGAGAAGGAGGUGGAAGAGCUGAAACGCCUUUAUGCCGCCAAGCUGCGGCAGGUUUCCCAGCAUGCCCAGCACUCCCAGCGCAGCCUGCAGUUGCAGGUGUUCAAGGCCCAGCAGGAGAAGAGCCGACUGCAAGAGGAGCUUGACAGUCUGAAAAAGGAAAGGAGCCAAGAGGCUGGAGUCAUGGCAAAGCGAACCAGUCCGACUCUGGAGGAGACGCAGUGGGAGGUUUGCCAGAAGUCAGGGGAGAUCUCCUUGCUGAAGCAGCAGCUGAGGGACUCCCAGGCAGAAGUGACCCAGAAGCUGAGUGAGCUCUUUCAGCUGAAGACACAGCUCAGGGAGACCCGAACAGAGCUACGCAACAAGGAAGGCCAGAUAGAUGCACUAAAGCUAGUCCUGCAGGGGACACAGCGUCGCAGAUGCCCCUCUCAGACUGCACAUGAGGAUGGAAAAGGAGCUGAAGAGGGUGCUUCGGCUGGGGCAACAGGAGGGUGUGGGGGCUCUACAGAGGAGCGUCUGCGUGCAGAGCUCCUGCUGGAGCGACGCCAGAGCGAGGCCCAGGCCAUGUCUUUUGAGGAAGAAAGGCAGACAUGGCAGACUGAAAAGGACAAGGUCAUUCGCUAUCAGAAGGAGCUGCAGGCCAGCUACUUAGAGAUGUACCACCGCAAUGAAGCGAUGGAGAGGGAACUACACCAGCUGAGGGCAGGCAGAGAGCAAGGAGGAGGAGCAGGAGGAGGAGGGAGCAGAAAUGGGACAUUGGAAAGAGAAGUGUCAGAGCUGAGGAGUGAGAGAGCAGGUGAAAAACCAGAUGACAGACCUUCCUCUGGUUUGCCUUGGAUAGAGAGAAUUGAAUCAUCUGAAAUUUGAAUGUGACAUUUGCAAUGCAAACUCGGGUUUCCAUGGAAGCCCACAUCCACCAGGAAAUGGAAAAUAAAUAGACUUGGUUUGUUCAAACUAGGAAAUAAGUAAAUAUUUUUACUUACUAAGACAAGAUUUUAGAAAACUAAGUUAAGAAUUACAAGAUGAUGUGAUAAUAGUCAGAUGUUGACUUACUAUCUCAAUAGUUCUCUUAUAUUUUUUAUUUUCCUGGCAAAAAUGGGCUUCCAUAGGUUCCUGUCCAUUUGCCAUUCUCUGCCCACGCACUCUUGUUGAUUGUUUAAUGACCUUAUCCUGUAAUGACUGGACCAGUAACCUCCCACAGGGUACACUAAUACUGAGGGUAGCUAAACAGAAACACUGCCUGUGCUUCAUCUAUCCUUGGCAGAAGAGUUGUCAGUUCUAUAAAAAACACAGCCAAACACUUAGACUGUCCCGCUUAAGAUUUUUGCCCCACCCACAAAAAAUGUAAAUGAGUGAAUUGAAAUGCUACUAUUUUGUGUUUAUUUGUUAGUUACUUUUUAGUUUGGACUACUGUAUAUGUCUUGACAGUAACCAAAGGAUUCAAAGGGAUUUAGUGUGGCCCAUUAACAUCUCAACACCUGUUCAGUCUGUGCAGAAGGUUAUGUGGACUCAAGGGUCCAGCUGGGCUCUGGGAGGAAAGCUUCAUCUCUGGGUUAAGUAUCAAGGAUUAAAGCUAUCUGUUGCUAAGGUACACAAGAAAACUGUCCGCUACUUAAGAAACUGGAAAUGUUGAACUUAAUUGUCAUUCAGUUUCCAGCUCCUGUCAGGUGAGAUCUAUAUAUUUUGUACAUAUUGUAAUUUUGAUUUUAUUGGCCUUUUGUCAUUGUACUCCAAGCACACUGUUGUCUUAAAUGGGCAUACUUCCACAUCUUUUGAUUGCAGUGAAAGUAAUCAAUCAAUAAGGACGCUGAACAUGACUGCCCUGCUUAUUGGUGCAAUGUGUUGCACAUACCCAGCCAAUAACAUCAAAUGCAUGACCUAGGUGAAGUUGUUCUCUUUUACUGUUUAUUAAUAUAUGAACAUUCAAAAGCCAGCUCUUAAUCGACCUUUCAACAUACUGUGACUCGUGUCUAUUUACUGGAAUUAAAGCUGUACAGUAUAAAUAUGUUUGUUUUGGAUUCAUAAUAAACAUUUAUGAAGUGGUGUGAAA